CCCUGAAGAGGAUGUUCCUGCUCCUGGUCUUCCUGGUGGCUGUUCUACCAGUCAACACUGAAGGAGAGGAGAUUAUUGGUGGUGUUGCGUCUAGUCCACACUCCCGCCCUUACAUGGCCCAUUUGGAGAUCAGACUUGAAGAAGGUUACACAGCCACUUGUGGUGGAUUUCUCAUAACCCGCCAAUUUGUGAUGACUGCAGCACACUGUAAAGGAAGAGAAAUCACUGUCACCCUUGGAGCUCAUGAUGUGAGCAAGAGAGAAUCCACACAGCAGAACAUAAAAGCUGAAAAACAAAUCAUUCAUCCAAACUACGAUUCCAAUUCCAAUCUCCAUGACAUCAUGUUACUGAAGCUUCAAAACAAAACAGAGUUAACUCCUGCUGUGGAUGUAAUUCCCCUGCCUGGUCCCUCUGACAUUAUCAUGCCUGGGAAAAUGUGCUGGGUAGCUGGCUGGGGGCGCACUGGAGUGAAUAAACCUCCAUCAGAUACCCUGAGGGAGGUGAAACUGAGAAUCAUGGAUAAAGAUACCUGUAAAUACUAUCCGAAUUAUGAUGAUAACUUCCAUGUCUGCGUGGGAAGUCCCACAACAUUAAAAUCCAUAUACCUGGGAGACUCUGGGGGACCUCUAGUGUGUGCUGGUGUGGCCUACGGUAUUGCAUCUUACAAUACUCUUCCAGUUCAAAAGCCCCCUUCAGUCUUCACUCGAAUCUCCUCAUACAUGCUCUGGAUUAAUACUGUCUUAAAGGGCAAGUAGCUGAAAAGCCUGACCAGCCUGAGUCAGAGUCUCCAAGAGUGAGUUCAUCUGGUACCUAUUGAGUUCAACACAGCCUUUCCCCAGCCUGUC